UGUCUCUUCAAGCAGAUGUUUGACUAAUGACUCGAUUCGACUUUCCUUGUUGUGUUUCAAACAGGUACCAUAUGUUUCGCGGUUACUCUUUCUCAUGGAAGUCAACGAUAACAACGUGCUAGCUAUGCCCGAUACGACACACGCGAACGGAUUUGUAGAAGAGAAACAACGAACUACGCCACAGUUCUGGGUUGAGCGAUCCGUCAGAGGAAAUUCCCGGGGAACUCGACCGCAAGUCAAGAACUGGUGACUUCGUACCUUUUUUAAGUGUUGAUCUUGUCGCCCAGUCGUAAACAUUUGGCCUUGAAUGUUUUGUGGCCUAACUUUAGAACUUAUUUUGUAAAGCACGUUUUGUAAAGAGCGGCGAAAGGGAACUGUGCGAUAACCGUAUCAGAUCAAGCAAAAAGAUUAGAACACUUCUCCAAAGUACUCAUUUUGAGCUUUUUGCUGAUAACCGGAAAUUUAAAGCACAACUUGGAUCGCAUGGCUCUUCGAUUUGGAAACACUACAAGACUUCAUCACAUUGACUUCCCCAAACCUUGUACAGAAAGUGAGGCACAGACUUGGGAGCAAACAAUGCCAGAGACGCAACAUGAGUUGAAACAAUCUCCGCAAGGAAAUCCCAGUCAUAAAACAUCAAAAGUUAAUGUUAAGAUCCGCAGAAAACAUGAAAAAGAGAACACUAAAAAAUCUCGACAAGAUGGAAUUGCGCAACCUACAGAACUAAAAAGCGAAAUCUUACACAACAGUGGCAAUUGUGGGUACAGUCUGGAGGCCGUUUCAAACCGAUCACCAUUAGGCAGUGUGAUGACUCAACAGUCCAUAGCGACUUGCCAUAUGAACUUAACCGUUGAGUGGGACGUUUUAGACUCGUUCUCGGAGUUUGCGACGUUUUUGGAAUUACAAAAUCCUAUCUGUCCCGCUCAUCUUAUUGACACGCCAGAGAAGCUUCUUAGUGUUUUGUCCUACGAGUUUUACUGAAACAGCGGUGUGACAUGAAUAUUCACAAAGCUUACUGUGGUUCAUUUCAGGGCAUUUAGCAACGCUCAUCGUAGAACAAGAAUUGAGACGAUUCGGCGAAAAACUUGCCAAGGGUCAACCAGAUUGGGUUAGGAUAAAAACACACAACAUUGGAAAAAAGUAAAUUUACCUUGAAAUCUGUUUAUUUUAUUUCCUUGUUAUUGGUAAACGCGAACGAAAUUUUUUUUUCUUUUGUUGUUUUUCUUUAAGUCGACUGACCCCCUUAAGUUUUAAAUAUCACACCGAAUUUCUAAAAUCAUUUGACUUUUAAAAAUCUUGUCAUUGUAAUUUUGCUUGUACCACCUUGUCCUUGCAUAUUUCAAGCGUUUAGUAAUUAAGUAUACAAACUACGCGACUUAAGCUGACUUCUAAGCGAGCAAAAAAGGCAUAUUGAAUGUACAAUUUAGUCUUUCGCGCAUCCCGUUUACCUUUUCGACGCGCGCCGUUGUUUUGCGAUACGAGUGUCGCGUGUUGCUUAAAUCUUUUAAAUCGUACGCCAUUACCCUUUAACGCGCGCGACGAUAAAGAUCUAUUUUAAGAUACCACUUUCCUGUAAAGUCAUUAAUAUUCCUCUAUGAUUGCCACCUGUAUAAGUGAUAUUCACGCGCUGUAUUUAAGGGAUGCACUAAAGGAGAGCAGGGAAGAGAUGUGCUGAAGUUUUAAACUUUAGUUAAAGAACUUGGUGAAAUUAAAUUUUGACUUUUACCACAAUGAUAUCAAACAUGUUCUAGCCAGUGUUCCGCUUGGUUUGUGAAAGAGUAUUUUUAGUUAAAGCACCUUCUUGUUUUGUUUUAACUUCCCAAAAAAGCGC